GAGAGUUAGAAUUAGAUGAUGAAUAACACAAAGUCAGGAGAUAAAGCCUGCUUGAUUUAUAUUAAGCUUCGAUUUUGCUAUUAUCCAGAAAAUUAUGGCUUUAAUACCUGAUCCGCAAGCAAGAAGUCUCUUCUUAUUCAUACAGCUGAAUUGCUAAUCAUCUCCUCAGCAAGGAGUUGAGAACUAUCAAUAUUCUCAGCCACUAAGAAUGCCAAACUAUCCAAAAACAAAUUCAGAUUGGAAGAGAUUCCAAAUCCGGAUUUAAACUCCCCGCCUAGUUGCUAAGCCUUCGGUGAUAAAGCAGCUUUCCUAGCCAGUUCCUAUCAGCUGAUAUAUGAAUAAAUUUAACCUCAAUGAGUACUUUCUCUUCAAAUGAGAUAAGGUCUAGGACCAAUUUUAUUUCUCCCCAAAAAAUGCAUCACCUGUUUUCUCGGAAUCUAUCAUAUCUGAGCGAAGAGAAUCCUGGAUAGAACUUUAACUUAUUAAUUUCUUAGUUUUUGUCGACUCUUUGGACCCCUCUAGUUCAUACCAAGGUGAGCUUUUGGGAAUGUUGAGAAUGAAAAUGAAAGUGGUUCUUCUUUCAAUUCAAAAUAUUAACUAAUCACUAAUGCAUCCUAAAAUUUUAAUUGAUGGAAGGAUAAAAUUUAAUGCCUCCAUCUCAGUCUAUUAGGAUAGAAAUACUGUGUAGAUACUUUUAAGGCUUAUUUCUUCAUAUCUGGCAGCUGUAUUACUAUGUUUGGUAGGCAUUUUGUAGAAAUAAACACUAUUGGCAUGGCAAAAUAGCAAAAUAUGAGAUAAAACCAAGAACAAAAGAAUUAUUAGCAAUUAGGCCUAACAACCUCCGAUAUAUCUCUCUGAGGCUUGCAUGAGUUCUCACAACCAAAAUUUCCUAAUCAUUGAAAGCAAACAAACAACAAAAAUCAUUUGAUUAAGGACAAAAGAACUUCACCACUGCGAUACCCAUGAUUGUAAAAUUCCUAUACUUC